UCUAUUAUACAUAGCAUGUACUUCAAACCAAUAGCAACGGUGCGUGAUAAAGUGUGUGACAGAUAGUCAUUAUUCUCUGCUCAGUUAAUUUCAUUUAAGCUCAGUGUAAAUUAUGUGGAUCGUGCAUUUGAAGUUAAAUUCAACACUCUGUCCAUAGUCCAAAAUGCCUAGAGAACGACGUGCGAACAUCGGCCGCCGCACAAGACAUGCAAGCCAGCAACAAGUCUAUUCAAGGAACUUAAGAGAAGAAAGACAAAAUAUAAUAAGAGAAAAUGACCGAUUGAGACAUCGCGUGAGCACACGAAGAUCAUUGGCAUCAUACAAUCGCUUGGCAUUCCAAUAUGAUCCCACUGCGAACUACAGUGAUGAUGAAAAUUUGGAUAUUGGACGAAUGACGACUAUAUGCCGAUAUUGCAAUGCGGUAAAGUUCAAAAGAGAAACGGUUGGAUUGUGCUGCGCAAGUGGAAAAGUCAAACUGGAUCCAUUACUUACACCACCACAGCCACUGAAAACAUUGUUUGAUGGAAGUGAUCCCGAUUCCAGCCAUUUUCUUCAACACAUCCUUGAAUACAAUAACUGCUUUCGCAUGACUUCCUUUGGAGCUAAUAUCAUUCGAGAAGGCGGCUUCAUGCCGACUUGCAAGAUACAAGGUCAAAUAUAUCAUUUGCAUGGUUCAAUGGUGCAAACACCAGAUGAACCGCAUCAAUUUCUGCAAAUAUAUUUCAUUUCGUCGAUGGUGGAUCAGCUGAACGUGCGGUGCAAUAUACAGGGAGCACAACAGUUAAAGAGACGAAUUAUUGAACAGUUGCAAGCAUUUUUUCACGCUAAUAAUGCUGUGGUUAAUAUGUUCAAAACAGCAUUGGAACGAAUGCCAUCGGAUACGCACAAAUUUGUCAUAAGAGCGGAUUGUACUCCAACAGGUGAACAUGUGCGAAGAUUCAAUGCACCCACCGUUAAUGAUGUUGCUGCAAUUAUUGUUGGCGAUCCAACUAAAUCACGAGACAUUGUCGUUCAGCGAAGAAGCAAUAUCAUGCAUCGUGUAAACGAGACACAUCGUUUGUACGAUGCGUUACAAUAUCCAAUCAUUUAUUGGCAAGGGCAAGACGGAUACGACAUCACGUUGAAGAUGGUCGAUCCAAUUACAGGAGUAUCAACGAAUAAUAAAAAUCUAAGCACAAUGAAUUACUAUGCGUAUCGUAUGAUGAUUCGUACACAUGAGGAGAAUGUCAUUCUGAAGUGCGGUCGGCUAUUCCAGCAAUUCGCUGUCGACAUGUAUGUCAAAGUCGAGACCGAACGUUUAGCGUUCAUCAGAUUCAAUCAGCCAAAGCUACGAUCUGAGGACUAUAUACACUUGCGUGAUGCUAUUCAUUCAGAUGGUGAUGUUCAGAAUAUUGGACGACUGACGAUUCUCCCAUCAACUUAUAUCGGAAGCCCACGCCACAUGCACGAAUACGCUCAAGACGCUAUGACGUACGUGCGAAAUUAUGGAACUCCGGAUUUAUUUAUUACGGUCACAUGCAAUCCGAAGUGGACGGAAAUUGAAAGCGAGUUGGAACCGGGUCAAAAACCGCAAGAUCGCCAUGACAUAAUCGCCAGAGUAUUUCAGCAAAAACUCAAGGUUAUGAUGGAUGUGCUUACUAAGUAUCGAGUUUUUGGUGACACACGUUGUUAUAUGUACUCGGUGGAAUGGCAGAAGCGUGGACUACCGCAUGCUCAUAUCCUAAUUUGGUUGCUGAACAAAUUACAUUCAAAUGAAGUGGAUGACAUCAUAUCAGCUGAAAUUCCUGAUCCAGUCACUGAUCCCCGUCUACACGACAUUGUGACGACACAGAUGGUGCAUGGACCGUGCGGUGCAUUAAAUCCAUUAUCGCCUUGCAUGGCUGAUGGAAAGUGCACAAAACGAUAUCCGCGACCGUUAGUUGCUGAAACAGUCACAGGGAACGAUGGAUAUCCAGUUUAUCGUCGGCGUUCAAAAGAAGAUAACGGUCGAACUAUCAAAGUUAAAGUUCAAAAUCAAGAGAUUGAGAUCGGAAAUGAAUUCAUUGUACCAUAUUGCCCGCUGCUAUCACGAAUUUUCGAAACACAUGCAAACGUUGAGAGUUGUCAUUCGGCCAAAUCAAUCAAAUAUUUGUGCAAGUACGUCACAAAAGGCAGCGACAUGGCUGUGUUUGGUAUUGCGUCGGAAAAUGUGAAUGACGAAAUCAGCAACUUCCAAAUGGGCAGAUACGUCAGUACUAAUGAAGCACUGUGGCGAUUAUUGUCAUUUCAAAUUCAUGAAAGAUAUCCCACAGUUGUACAUUUAGCAGUGCAUUUGGAAAAUGGCCAAAGAGUUUACUUCACUGAGGCUAAUGCGGCACAACGAGCUGAGAGACCACCAUCGACAACAUUGACUAGCUUCUUUGCAAUGUGUGAAGCAGAUCCAUUCGCAGCGACGCUGAUGUACGUUGAAAUGCCCAAGUAUUACACUUGGAAUCAAUCAACAAAGAAAUUCCAACGUCGCAAACAAAAGGAACCCCAGUUCCAGACUGGCCACAGGUGUUUUCAACUGAUGCACUAG